AUGCGCCGGGCCUCCCGCGAGCCCAGCCCGCUGGGCGCUUCAGCUCCGGUCCGGCGCACAGGUGGUUCCGGCAAGGUGCCGCGCCUUAGGCGCGUAUGGCCUUCCGCCCUCUCUGCAGACGCGAUCGUCGCUGGGGGCCUCGAGUCUGACCCCGUAAAGGACGACCUUUCCGUGUGCUUCUUUGCCUUUGCACCCACGGCACGACAUCGGAAAGGCAAAAUUCCCGUCUCAGCCCAAGUCUGCCCUGACCCAAGAGUCUUCACCCAAGACUUCCUGGACCCGGAACAGUCUGCCCGGCAGAAACUCAACGUUCCUCCUCUGAGCUUUCUGCCCCUGCCCUGUCCACCGUCCAAACACCCCCAUAGCAGGAACCAAAUUGCCCUUGACGCCCCUUCCCCAGGGUCCGUGCUGCCCCAGAUCAAAGAGAUGCUGCGCUUUCCUGAUUCCUUGGCUUGGUCUUCCCUGUCUCUGCUCCACAGGGCCUGUCUUCUUCCAGUCCCGGUCUUCCUGCUCGGGCAAGGGUUCACCUUUGAGCCUACUCCCGUCUUCUACGGGUGUGUCCUGGGAUCCUUAUCUCCCAUCGUUCCUUCAGAGCAGUCUUUCCAACAUGCAUCAGCUUCCGUCUCCCCUACUGAUGACUUUUCAAGGACCCUCACUGCCAGCAAGCUGCAGCUCACGCUGCCUUGUUAUCGGGGAAAGCCUCCGGGCAUCUGGCCCCUGGGCGUUUCUCCAGCCUCCUCCUGGGCUGCAGCCGUGCGGAGCACCUAG